GUUCUCUUCAAUCGCUCAUCUACCUUGAUCUCCUGAAGGACAGGAAGACAGAUCUCAUCAAGAUGAAGACCUUUCUGCUUGCUCUCGGAUUCGCUCUGAUCUGUGUUUCAUCCCAGGUCGACCCAGAAGAGAUCACUGGGGAAUGGCGCACCAUUCUCAUGGGAGCUGAUGACUUAGAGAAGGUUAGUGAAGAUUCAGACAUGAGAGUCCGUUUUCGUCACCUUGAAUGUAUUGAUGCAUGUGAGAAGUUAGCCGUCACCUUCUAUGUCAAGUCCAAUGGGGAGUGUCAGAAGUUCUCAGUGGUGUCCACAAAAGGACCUCAUGAUGUUUUUGAAGUUGAGUAUGCAGGACAAAAUUUCUUCCAAAUCGAGUACUUCUCCAAAGGUAUCAUAAUAUUUUAUAAUAUACAUGUGGAUGGAAACGGCAAGGUUACUCAUAUGACUAAUGUUGGUGCUAAGGAAGACAGUCUGAGUGAAGAGCAUAAGAAGAAGUUUGAAGAAGUGACAGUGGCAUCCAAGAUUCCAAAGGAGAACAUAAGAAAUGUUAUUGAAACUGAUGACUGUCCUGCUGCCUAAGGACCUUGCCUGAUGAGCAGACACUUGAG